GACAAAAGUAUUGACUCUUCAUCAAUAUUAAAGUAAAGGGAAAGUGAAAAACAGAUCUAAUUUUACUUGAUCAUGUUGUUACCAAACUAAUUUCAAGACACGAUAUCGCGCUUUGUCAUUACCAAACAGAUUUUUUCAAGAUGGCAGACUAUAGUUUUGUCACAUGCUAUCUACAGUACUUUGAAUUCUAAAAUAUUAAGAGAAAUUGUUGUUAAAGAAAACUAUUUGAAAGUAUAAAAUAAUCACCUACCUUCAUGACUGCCAUCUUUUAAAUUUUAUAAUGCAACCACGAAGUCGAUUCCGUACUGCACGUUCCCUACGGUGAAUUAUUAAUCUUGUGUAGAUAGCAAGGUACUAGUAGCAUAAUCAGAACGUUAGUUUAUCGCAUAUGAAGUAACUUUUAUCAUUUACAUGCGCGGUUUAUACAUGGUAAGAACACUUUAGAAUAUUUGGUAGACUUAUAAUAUAUGUUUAGACAUUUGUUAUCAAUAUUGAAUGACUGAAUCUCGUAGUUACAUUUUUCAGUUACGCAAGCUGGCAAAGAAAGCAAAAACAUUCUUGAGUAUCAUAAAAUUAAUUGUUAGUGGUAAAGUUAACAAACAAGCAGGAACUAUUCAUUAUAUGUGAGCUCCCCUAAUUGUGAAAUUAAUUCAAACUAUCAUCGAACUUGCUGCUCGAGGAUUAUUAGUCCCCUUACAUGUGACGACAUCGAUAAGAACGCAUAAAGAACAAUAUAAAUUGACGAUGAGUGAAAAGAAUGAUUCGACAGGCAAGCAAAUAUUUUACUCAAGUGAGACAAACGAAACAGUAAUAGAGAACGGGAGCAAUGGGAAAAUACAGAACAAAAACACAGAUAACACGGCAAAUAGACAUCGAAUUUUGCAUACAUUUUGUAUAUUCAUCUGUAUCCUUGCAAUGGGGUGGAGAAACGCUUUGAUUGGUCCAACUUUACCUGAUAUUAGAAUCAUAAUAGACGAGAAUCUUGCCACGGCAUCUUGGAUAUUUACAGCUAAAUCACUAGGUGGGUUACUUGGAGCUAUCUGCGGCGGUUUUGCUUAUGAUCGUUUCAAUAAAAUAGGUGUGUUUGUCGUUAUUGUUAUAAUAAUGGGAAUUUCUUCUGCCGUAGCACCUUGGUGCUACCACCUGGCGGCAAUGCUGGUCGUUCAUGGGUUUCAUGGAGUUUGCGCAGCUUCUUUUGAAACAGCGGCGAUUGCUGACAUUGCUCUUGUGUGGAAACAGAAAGCUGGACCUUAUUUGCAAGCUAUGCAAUUUGCUUUUAGUGUUGGAGCGAUUAUAUCCCCUUUGGUUGCAGAACCUUUUCUAGCGAAAACAAUUACAUUUCCAGCCAAUUUUGAACGCUUUUUCAAAUGUUUCAACGUUUGUGCCUCUGUAUUUGAAACACACAGUGAAAUUUACUGACAAGUUAGCAGUACAAGAAGAAAUAACUGGCAACAUUUCUGUAACUGAUAUCGGAGAAUCUAUGAUUUAUAUUCCAUACAGUGUGACGGCACUCCUUUGUUUAUUGUCGGCGAGUUUGUUUGUUGCGACUUUCUGUUUUUUACGGCAGUGUUUAUGAAAAUCUCAAUGAUGUGUCGGCAUGUGAAAUUUACUUCUCAUCGA